CGCCGCUCGUCUGCGCCCGGACGCUACAGCUCUAGGGUGAGGAAGGGCACCAUGGUGCGCCCUAGCAGAAAUAAAAAACCAGUCAAUUACUCACAGUUUGAGGACUCUGGUGGUGACUCUGAUGAUGAUUUUAUUGAGGCAACCAUGCCUAGAAACAAAAAAUCCAAAACUUUGCCAAAGGAGUUAAAGCAAGACAAACCAAAACCUAACUUGAAGACUCUCCAGAAAGAAGACAUCCUACCAGCGAAAGCCCCUAAAAAAAGGAUGGCUUUAGAUGACAAGGUCUUCCAGCGAGGCCUAGAAGUUGCCCUGGCUUUAUCUGUGAAGGAACUUCCAACAGUCAGCAACCAAGUGCAGAACUCUCAAGAAAAACGCACUGACAAGCAAGGUGAUAGGAAAACAGAAAUGACGGAUAAGUCUCCUGCUGUCUCUAACUGCAGUGUAACCAGUGAUAAUUCAGAAGAUUUAGACAAGAUGAUGGAGGAGGGGGACUCUGGCAGUGUUGAAGGGGAAAGGAAAACAUCAAAAUCUGAGGCUCAGCGGAGUAGGGUGCCUUUGGAAAGCAGCAGUGCUGGUGACACUGAGCUGGACAGCGCCACUGGUGAAGAUUCAGAAAAUGAUUCUAAUUUUGAGGAGAGUGAAGGAAGUGAUGAGGACUUUGCAGUGAGGAAAGGUAAAGCCAGAGAAAAGAAGAAGAAAGCAGUGCAGAGAAAAGCCGUGGUAGAGAAAGAAAAGCAAUCAAAACAAAAAAAGGAGACCUCAGGUGUGGCUCCAGCUGCCAUCAAGUCACGAUCUCCAUCCUUACCCGAGGCAGUUGGACUUUCUUCAGAGGCCGUUAGGAAACCAGCAAAGAUGUGCAGCCCUUCAGCUGAAGGCAAGAGGCCCAAGUGGGUCCCCCCAGCCGCCUCCGGAAGCAGAAACUCCAACAGUAGCCCACUGGCAGGAGCACCCACCAAGUCCCCAAGUCAGAGCCUCCGCUUGGGCCUCUCCAGACUAGCACCAGUUCAGUGUUUGCACCCAAAUGCCACAAGUAGCCAAGUGCGGUAG